AUGGCGUCGCAGAUGCAGAAAUCGCUGUCGAGCACCUCUGGCUUAGCGUCUCCCCAGGAGUCUGUCUUCUCGCAAACCACGCCCCAAGAUCCCGCGUCCGCUGAAGGGACUUCCGACAUUUUUCCGCGUCCUCCUGGACUGGCUUUUCACGGGCACCCGGAUUCUGUGGACGACCCUCACAUUCAGGGUCAAAGCGAAGGUGGUCACAGCUCGACCAUGAUAGCUCAAUCACCUAUUGCUCAUGUACCACAGCGAGCAGCGUCGAUUCAACAGGAUCCUUGCGGUGAUCCAGUGUUUCCUAAUGCACUCCUUGGCGUCAUCAUCGAUGACUUUUUCACUUAUGUUUAUCCAAUUGUACCCAUGGUGCACCGGCCGACGUUCCUUAAGAACUUUCGGGAGAAUAGGCACACCCAUGAUGCCAAUUUCUUCGCCCUCGUAUGGGCAAUGUGUGCUGCGACUAUUGCACAUCACUCAGAGAAGCUGAUGACAUAUCAGAGCGCAUCGACCCCUCUUCUGAUCCAGACCCGGUUGGAGGUUGUCCAGUACUGUCAUGUUCGAUCGAUACAACUGAGAGGUCCUCAAUACUUUGAUGAAGUCAGUCAAGCCAAAUGGGCUACUGCCUACUUUUAUUACACAGCAUUCUACCAAGUUGGAGAUAUUAAUAAAUCUCGGAUGUUGGAAAUGGAAACAGUCCUCUUUGCACGUCUUCUGGAACUCCAUCGCAUUUCAGCCUAUGCGGGUCUCAAUUGUAUCGAAACUCAAUUACGAAAGAAAGCCUUUGCUGUCAUGAUGCACGCCUACGUGCAUUACGAAUUACAAAACAUCCGAAAGGAGAAAAUUGCCUUUAUUGACUGCAGUACUCUUCACGAAAUCGACCUGGAAGAGCUACUCCCGAUGCCACAGGAUGAUGAAGACAUCACAGAGACGGAAUAUGGUUUUCAUGACAUCGCGCAACCGAGUCUGGCUGCAGGAUUGAGACUACGUGCCGAGUUGUUCUUAAUUGCAGUGACCGAAAUAACCUCCAAGAGUCGUCGUGGGUCCAAGAAGGUACACUGCCGCUGCACUCGUCUCAUCGAUCCUAUGUCAUACAACCUACAUUUGCGCUCGAGAUUGUACGAGCUUAAAUACAGACUUGAUAGUGCGCCUUGGUAUUUGCGUCAGUGGGCCCCAAGGGAUCUCGGCACAGGUGUUACUCCUGACAAAGAGUUUCAGAUUGGCUUGCUUCGUGCUGACAUACAUACAACGCAUCUUUGGCUCCAGACUUCCAUCCUCGAGCAUCUUGACUAUCUCACACCUACGCUUAGCUCUUCAAGUCCCGGUUUCUCAAGCUCUCCACAAGAGAUCCUUCAGCUUACAUCCAGUUCUCCGUGGGAACAAAGAGAGGAAAUCUGUCGCCAAAUGCUUCAAGUUUUGUGUUCGACUCCACAUUUAUGCCUUGAUAUUCUCGGCAUCUAUUUGAUUUACAAGAUCAGGGAUGUCGCCAGCCCUCUUUUCUCUUACUUGGAGAGCAAUGGAGAAGCUUCCCCACCUCCUGGGUUCUAUGGUCGCGCUAAACAGUACCUCCAGGAGUUCAGCGACAAACUCCAACAAUUGGAUAGGUCAGGCAAGCCCAAUUUUGAAAGCUUGCAAACAUGGGUGGAUACGGAUAAAAAUAACUCAAUAAAUGGCCGCCCAAACACGCUCAUAUCUUAA